ACAUCACGGCUAAGUCGCGUCGAGUCGCCAUCAUUGUUUGAAGCAUUGAGACCUUCACACAGUUCGGUGUGGCAUGAGUUGAAUCGAGACUCACCAAUGUGAUAAUUCUUUUAUUUUUCUUUUCCUUUUACCGUUAAAUUGCCGAGCAUUGACUAGAUACGAAAGUAACCGCCAUUUAUUGACGGUUCGGACCUGUCAUUUUAUCGACUUGGCCAACCUUGAGCAGGCUCUUGGUUUUUCGACGAGAUGCCUUACGAUCCGGACUGGGACUUGGAGGAUGAGACGGGAAUUAACCUCAAUGCCCUCGGUGCCGCAGCUGAGGAUAAAAUCUCGCCAUUCGAAUAUGACUCAAAUGAGAUGUAUGAGGAGGAAGGGGAACAACAUGCCGAUUAUGAGCAAGGACCAGAGGAUGCUGAGGCAGAAGAUCAGACGGCAGCCGAACUACCAGUCAGUCUACCUCGUCCAGAUCAAAAACAAUUCUUAGAGCAACCCCGCGAUACAACACCCAGAAACCGGCAACCUUUUCCAGGAGCAUCCGCUAGAAGACUGCCAAAAGUGGAAGUCGUCCUUCAAUCCAGUCCUAGGCGACUCCCUUUCACGGCACCAGCAGAUGAACUCGCCGGUAACUUCAGCGACGAACCCAACCUAAUUACCUCGGAUAUUGUGCCAAAUCCAGUCAACAAUCAACAACCGGCGGCAAAGACACAAGUCAACCCUCCCAAAAUGCAGCCUCCCGUUGCCUCCGCUCCCGUCAAAUUACCCGACAUCACUCCUCAGCCCAAGAAGCGUGGUCGCCCAGUUGGCUGGAGACGGGGACAUGGAUCGUAUGCAGCAAUGCGGUCAGGGCUGCCACCGGGGUCGGCAACACCGCGGCCGAAACCGAAGCCGGCCGACGAACACAAAGUGCGGCGCCGCCCAGGCCGAAAGCCCGCUCCCACCGCGCGCCAGGUCUACCUCAAGCUCAACCCGCACUUCAUCGCCUUCCGUUGUGAGUGGGAGGGCUGCCCAGCCGAGCUUCAGAACAUAGAGACCCUACGAAAGCAUCUACUGCUUGUCCAUGGCCGACCAUCCCGCUCCCCACCAAGAUUACCAUCCCCAUCGCCCACCGCACAGCGCACCACCACCGCCCUCCCCUGCAAAUGGGCCUCCUGCAAAUCCGCGCCCCUCCCCUCCCGCGAAUCCUUCGCCAGCCACAUCGAAGCGGCCCACCUCCUCCCCUUCCGCUGGCACGUCGGCGACGGCCCGCGCAACACCACCCCCCCCUCCUCCCAAAACCCAGUCACCAACAACAACCGCAACCACAACCGCAACCACAACCGCCACCACGACCACAGCAACCACCACCACCGGCAACAACAACACCAACAACAAACCCCCCCUCCCCACGUACCUCUUCAACGCCCGCGGCGAACAAGUGACGCCCUCCGUGGCAGACCAGCAGAUCGAGAACGAGGACGACCGCAAGCGGCGGCAGGCGCGGGUCAACCGCGUGCUGGUGCUGCGCGACCGGCACGCGCCGGCGGAGCCCGAGUACGGCGCGCGCGAGCUCGAGAUCAUCGGCGAGGUGCUGGGCGCGAAGCGGGCGCGGCAGCGCAUGCUGAGGGAGUAUGCGGAACGGGGGUGUCGCGGGGGGUGGGUGCCUUGAGGCGAG